AUGCAGCAGGGAGAUCGAAUCGGACGAGACGAAGUAGACGAAACAGAUCUAGACUCGUUAACAAACGCCUCUCGUAGUAGAGACGACGCUCACAGCACUUUCAGAGCUCAAUUCUCAGGUAUGGUGAGACAAAGAGCUUACAUAUUCGACGGCGAUGGCAAAUACUUCAACAAAGAGUGGGAUCUCAAAGAAGGAGAAGGCAAAGAGUUUUGCUGGUACCACGUCGAGUUACCGAAAGGAAACCAGAAACUCUCUCAAUCCGCGCAGCAUCUUAUAGACGCGCUGUGUCCGCCAUUGAAGCUGCAGGACAUUCUCUCUCUCGUUAGCAACGGACCUUUCUGUGGCCAUGUUGAUGGAGCGCUUGUGUUUAGGGUAAAUUCGCCUGGUCCUGCUUCGAGUAGCUUUACGUUUAAGAUCGCUGCUAGGAUCACUGAGAACUCUGUGAUCACUGUGUCGUUAGGUAGAGUUCCUAGGCUAGGUUUCUCUCCGAUGGGUCAGUCGCUUCUCUCGGAAGUGCCUAGCGUUGAUUCUCCGUCGUACUAUCGCGGUGAGCGGAAGGAGAGAAGUGGUAUUGUGAUUGAAGAGCAUGUUCUUGAGUUCUUGCUGACUAUGAAUCACUCUGAGGAAGCUGAUAACCCUGUGCCGAGCUCUGUCUCAAAUCUCGUUGUGCAUAUUAUCGAUACUCAUGUAGAUCAGCUUCAAGAUGUUGUUACUAAGCUUGAGAUUGAAUUGGAUGCUGUGGAACUCGAAAUGGAUAGAGGUGGAUUUGCUAUGAAGAAACAGAUGUUGGAUGAUAGAAAAUUCCCGAAAUUGCAUCUCAAUUUGCAGCGUCUUUUGCAGGUGAUUGCACAUGGAGAACAAGUGUUUCCAAGAGUGAAGGAGAAAUGUUCGACGAAGAGUUGGUUUCUAGCAGAAGACAUAAACUCUUUGGAGGAGUUGAUUGGACGGUUAAGACGUUUGAAAGAGAACGUAGGGUUCAUAGCGAACCGUGUGAAUGCGAUCCAAGCUGGUUUAGAUAGCUGGCAAGCCGAGCAGAUUAACCGGAAGCUGUAUUACCUCUCUUUCCUCUCCAUCAUCUUCCUUCCUCUAUCGAUUAUAACCGGAGUUUUUGGGAUGAACGUUGGAGGAGUUCCAUGGACGGGACAAGACAAACCGGAGCUAGGAGACGGGUUUAGGAACGUGAUGUACAUAUGUCUUAUAAUGCUGGUGCUAGUGUUGUCCUGCUUUGUUUUCCCGGCGUUGUAUAGUCGGAUAGCUUCUUGGUGGAGGAUGAGAGCUAUGAGCAGAAGUUGGUCUCUUAACAGAAGAUCGUUCCACAAGAGACCAAACAUUGUUCAAGAGAGAAGAGGCUACCUUAGGCUCUAA